GAGGGGGAGUUCGAUAAAGCAGACGACGUGUAGCAGACAAGACGUGGCGGCCUGAGACUCGCCCAACUUUCUCCUCCCGUGGGCGACCUCCGGCAUGUCACUCCUCGCCAGGGUGUGCAGGAGGUCAGCGGGCGGCACUCUGACUCUGCUGAGGGCCGCGGCAACAGGGAGGCACAGCUGCAGCAAGUCAGAGCACCAGCCACGGCCUUUGCACUGUGUAGGAGCCGCCAGCAGGAUGGGUGUGGCGGGGUCCUGUAGGAGAGGCAGCGCUGAGCAGGACUCCAAUGGCGGGACUCCUUCUGCAGGCAGAAAGAUGAGUACUCAGGGCAGCAGUGGUGAGCAGGAAGUGGUGGAGGGAGUCAUUUGCCAAGAAGAUGAACUUCCAAAGGAAGGGAUGAAGGCGUUUGAACUCGAUGGACAGAAGGUGUUAGUAGUGCACCACCAAGGGCAGCUUUCAGCCAUUGGCAGUAAAUGUUCUCACUAUGGUGCUCCACUUGAGAAGGGAUCGUUGUGUGAGGGCCGUGUGCGUUGCCCCUUCCACGGUGCUUGCUUCAGUGUAACUACAGGUGACAUCGAGGAUUUCCCUGGCCUGGACAGCAUCCCAACGUAUGACAUAGAGGUAGCUGAAGGCCAGGUGAAGGUGAGGGCCAAGAAGUCUUUACUCACUAGUGGCAAGCGCAUCAAGACCAUGGCCAAGAGGGACCCAGAGAACCCUGCAUCCUAUGUCAUCAUUGGAGGAGGCGGUGCUGGGGCCAGCUGUGCCGAGACCCUGCGGCAGGAAGGCUUUACUGGGCGCGUCAUCCUCAUCAACCAGGAGUCUAAUUUGCCCUAUGACAGGCCCAAGCUCUCCAAGCUCAUGGACUCUACCCCCGACAAGCUCAAGCUGCGAUCAGAAGACUUCUAUGAGGAUGGCGACAUAGAGGUGCUCCUUGGGGUGUCUGCCGAUGGAGUCAGCACGGAGGAGAAGGUGGUUCACUUGAGCACUGGGGACAAGGUUUCCUACGACAAACUCUUCAUUGCCACCGGUGGAAAGCCCCGGAGGCUAGACAUCCCCGGCGGGCAGCUCCCAGAGGUUUUUGUCGUGCGGUCACCCGAGGAUGCCAACGCUGUGGCUGCAGCGGCGGCACAGAAGCGCGUGGUGGUUGUGGGCACAUCAUUCAUUGGAAUGGAAGCGGCUGCCUAUAUGGCCUCCAACGACCGUGCAGCAUCUGUCACCGUCAUUGGCAGCUCCUCCGUCCCCUUUGAGAACAGCCUUGGCCAAGUUGUAGGGAAACGCAUUCAAGAGAUGUUUGAAGAAAAGGGUGUCAAGUUUGUCAACCAAGCUGGUGUUGUGGAAUUUACUGAGACUGAUGGGAAGCUGAGUGGAGUUAGCCUGAACUCUGGUGAGACAGUUGAGGCUGAUAUGGUUGUGCUGGGUGUUGGCGUCGUGCCCAACACAGAGUUUCUAGCAAGCUCCUCCAUCCCAAGAAACGAGCGGGGGUACAUUCCUGUUACUGAGACACUGGAGACGAGUGUUCCCGGAGUGUUCUGUGGAGGAGACAUCGCUGCCUACCCACUGUUCCUUGAGGACGGCGAGCAGGUAGCCAUUGGUCACUGGCAGGUAGCUCUUGGACAUGGCCACACUGCUGCCCUCAACAUGACGGGCCAGAGUGUGCCAUUCAAGUCUGUUCCUUUCUUCUGGACCAUGUUCCUCGGAAAGAGUAUUCGCUACACUGGUUAUGGAAAAUAUGAUGAUGUCAUUAUUGGCGGAGAUCUGGAUAGCUUGUCCUUCAUUGCCUAUUACUGCCGUGGGGACAAAGUGGUGGCCGUGGCCAGCUUGGGGAGGGACCCGGCAGCAGCCAAUUAUGCUGACAUGCUGCAGCAGGGCAAGUCCCUCACCAAGCAGGAGGUGCUUGAUGACGGGGAAAUUGCACUCAAACUGAAGUGUUAAUGUAAGUUCCAGGUGUCAAAAUGUACACUGUGCAGCUUUAAUUUGUGCUCAUUUACAUACUCUCAUCUUGUUAUUUGUUAAUGUUCAAGUUUACGAAUCUUGUGUCUGUUAUGUUUGUAUUACUGGGUGCAUACGGGCCGUGCUGUGGCGGGUGCUCAGGUAACAUCCUCUAGCAACCUAAUUACGUCCAUGCAACAAGAGGGAUGAUGGGACCACUUUGUUUCCCUCCGACCCAAGUAGUGCAGUGUAGUGCUGAUGGUCUGGCUUAGGAUCACGUCAUUCUUUUCAUUAGAUUUGUUAAGAUGACUAAGGGAAAAGUAUGUAGUCACCCUUUUGAUUAUGAAGCAGCUUUUUUAUAUUCAGAAUAGAAAGAGUUUGCUAAGUUUAACUAAGCACAAGCAACAAGUUAACCUGUAGUAUGAUGAGGUUUAUUCAUAGUCAUCAGAGUUUCUCAAAAUAAAUAUAAAAUGUCUUAAAUGUUGUAACUGGAUGAGAAUGGCCUGUUCAAACAGAGGUUUCCAUUACUGGAGCAUAGUACUUGGGAUAACCAAAGAAGAAUUAGCGUAAAAAUGUUACAAUGGGUUUUGUUUGCUUUUCAAUAUAAGUACACUAUUCAGUGGUGUAAUGAUGUGCAAUUUAAGGUUAACAAAGUCAGUGUAACAAUAAGUAAUUGUGUGUGCAUCAGUGUCUUGUGCUGAGGGUGUUGUGGGUGCCUUGUUGAGGCCUUGGUGGUGUCUGUGUGCACGGUGCCGUGUGUGCCAAGAGGUGUCUGCUGAGCUCAUUGAUUAUGAGUUUGGUAAUAACUAAAAAUAUUUAUUUUAUGGGACCAACAAAUUGCUGUAUAAUUAUAUUUUACAAACUGAAUAUUUAAUUUUGUACACUUCCUGAGGCUAUGGAACAAGCAGGCAGCAAAGCUACUGUGGUAUAAUAGUUCAGCCUUAGAAUGAUUAUAAAGCUUCGGUUGGUUUUGAAAUAUUUUAUUAAAAUAGUUUUCUGUAGUUUUUUGUGCUUAGAUUUUGAUCACACAAACUUGCCUUUCAGCACUUAAGCUUUAACUGUUACUGAAGUUGCCCUCUUUAUUCCCAUGAAAAUGAUGAAGGCUCUAUUUAUGAAGAAUUUGGCAAUAUGAAUGAAUUAAAUUGAUCUGUCCAUUUUUCUGAAUUGUCAGUUUUGAUGGAGAAUUAAUUGCCUUCCAGUCUUUUCUGCCUCUUGCAUUUUGUCCCCUUUAUGAAGAUCUCGGUGGUGCAUCAUCCAUUUGGAGGCCGGUGGGAAUACAGAGCAACAAAGUGUGACGUUGUGCCUUAUUCCAAGCUUCACAUUAAUUAGCAGAGUAACACUGUUCCAUACACAAUAAAUGUGCUCAAAGAG